UAAACAGGAAGUUUGUUUCCAAAAGCGGCUAGUUUAACUUUUCUGCUUCAGCUGUGAGCGCUGUUAUGAUUUUAUAAUCCUGUUUACCUCCGUAAAACUUUAUUUUAACAUAGAGUUCGUAUGUUUGUCAUUCUACUUAGCUUUAGCUUCGUCGUUAGUAGCCAGUAAAUGACUUAGCUAAACUAUCUGGUUGCAUUGCAGGCGGUUUCGUAAAAACAGAUAUUAUUUACUACUAAUUUAUAUAUUUAGACUUUUUUACUCGUUAGAUUAUGUAACAUUUGUCACUUCUUAACGGUGCUGGCAGCUGUGAUGUAAAACGCAGCGAUCACGGCAGAAAAGACUCAGAAUGGAGGAAAGAGAGCUAAACCUAGCUAACAAGGAGCUAACCAGUUUACUGGAUGUUCCUCUGGGUUCUAUCCUCACUUCACUCAAUCUGCACUGCAACCUAAUCCCGAGGAUCGAGGGCCUGACUUCCUCCUGGAAUCUACGCAACUUGGAUCUUUCCUCCAAUCGCAUUUCCAAGAUUGAGGGUCUGUCUUCCCUCUCCUCUCUCAGGACUCUGAAUUUAUCCUGCAACUUGAUCACCAAGGUUGAAGGACUGAAUGGCCUUGUAAACCUGACGAGAUUAAACCUGUCCUGCAAUCAGAUUAAUAACCUCACUGGCCUGCUGUAUCUCCAUGGCACAGAAUACAAGCUCAAGCACCUCAGUCUCCAUGGCAACCACUUAGACAGCAUCGACCAUCUCCUACAGUGUCUGCUGGGAUUACAAGGUUUACGCAACGUCACUUUAAGACGAGACGGCCAAAGCAACCCGCUGUGUGCUUCAGCAGGGUUCUGGGACGCUGUGAUGGAGUCGCUGCCGCAGAUCUUUGUUCUGGACGGUCUGGACAGGCUAAGGCAUCCGUCCUCUCCAGGUUUAAGCAGCAUCUGUGACAUCCCUGGCCUGGAGGACUACAUGGACUUUCUGCUGUCCUCAGAUACGAGUCACCAUGAAAAGGUUAAAGGUGCUGUCAGCCCCCCCCGCUCUGGCGCAGGGACCCACACUUCCUCUGAAGAAGUCGCACAGCCGACCUCACAACCGGUCGGUCGGCGCUCCCGGACGCUUAGUUCCUCUGGACCCGAUCCAGCUGAUGCCGAUAAUGAAGAGCGCAUCCGGAAACUGGAGCACCAGGUGUCCAGACUCAUCCAGCAGGUCCCGACGGGAGAAAAACCAGCAAACCUCAGCCGAACUGCAGGGAAGCCACUGAAAGCGAAGAGAGACACCGACCGCGUGUCAGAGAGUGACGGCGACAGCGGGAAGGAGAACAGAAGACGCUCCGGGAUCCCCACGCAUCACACCGUCCCGACGUCGAGCACCACCCCCCAGGAGACCAAGAGCAGCAGGUCAGACAGCGAUCAGGAGAACCGGAGGCUGAGAACUUUAAAGCCUGCUGGGUCCAGAAGGAAAGCGGGGGGUGCAGGAAGGAUGGGGGGAGCGGUGCAACCCAAGGAGGUUCUUUUGAGAGCAGCCAAGGUUCCAGAAGAUGUGAGAUCCAGAUCCAAACAGGAAGAGGAAACCUACAGGACGAUUGUGGAGGAACGCGACCAGGAAAGGGAGAGACGCUGGAAGGCAGAACAAGCCGUACGAAGGCUGGCUGAGGAGCUGAAGAGCCUGCAGACCAAAGUCAGCGAGGAGAAAGACCUGCAGAGCAUGGCCCUGCACACCACAGACAGACUGAAGGAUCUGCUGCUAAAGGAACGAUCCGGACGCUCCGAGCUGCAGAACCGUGUGGAGGAGCUGGAGGGACGUUUACUCUCCUUAAUCCAGCAGCUGGAGGUGACCCGCAGCAACGAGGAGAAGUCCAAGGCUGCUCUGCAGAGGGCGGAGGAAAGCAUCUCCCAUGCAGACGCUCUGAGGGCUGGCCAGCAGGCUGAGGAGAUGAAGAGACGGCAGGAUAUGGAGAACAAGGCAGCAGCCCUGAAGAGGGAGCUGGACAUCCAGAGAGCUGCGGUGAACCAGCACAAAGAAAAACUGCAGCAGCUGCAUGAGCUGCUGGCAUCCAGGGAGCAGGAGCACAGGAAACAGCUGGACUUGCGGCUCCAGCCUGGGGGGGCCGAUUUCCGUGAGGCGGUGGCCCAGCAGGUGUCCUCGGCGGAGCGGCGGCACGCCCAGAGGGAGGCGGAGCUCCAGGAGAAGGUGGCAGAGGGCAGGAAACGGUACGCCGCCCUGGAGGACGAGUUCCGCCUGGCGCUGACCAUCGAGGCGACCCGCUUCUCUGAGGUGAAGGAGGCUUACGACCGGCUGACGGAGGAGAUGGUGGAGGUACGGGCGGCGCUCUCCCAGUGGCAGCAGAAGGAGAAGAGGUCCGGCUCUCUGGUGCAGGAGCUCACGGCGGUGGUGAAAGAACAGAAGAGCCGCAUCGCUGAGCUCAUCAAAGCUAAGAAAGAUGCUGUCUGUGGUUUGAAGAGCCGGCUGCGUUCCCUGGAGGCGGAGGUGGAGGGAGAUCGUCGUCUCGACCUGCAGCUGGAGGUGCUUAAGAAGGAGAAGGCGCGGCUGCUGUCUCAAGUCACCGCCCAGGAGUCUGUGAUCGACGGACUCAGAUCUGAGAGGAGGAUCUGGGGCCAGGAGCUGGCUCAGCAAGGAGCUUCACUGGCUCAGGACCGUGGACGCCUGGAGGCCAGGAUCGAGGUUCUGGCCUCUGAACUGGAGGCUCAAAGGAAACAGGCUGACAGGAACCAGGAUGCUCUUAAAAUCAAGACGAAAAUAGUGGAUGACCAGACGGAGACCAUUCGUAAGCUCAAAGAGUCCUUGCAGGAACGUGACGAUCGGAUCCGCAGGCUGAAGAACGAGGCGGCAGAAGCUCAGAAGAGGCUCCAUCUCCAGCUGGAGGAGGACCGAGUCCAGCAGGCCGAGCUGCAGGAGCGGCUCGAACGCCUGAGCCUCCGCAAGGAGGAGCUGAAACAGCAGCUGGAGGACAAAGAGGCAGAGCUCCAUGAGGUCAAAACAUCUCACCGGGAAUCCAGAAGGAGGUGGCAGGAGAAGGAGGACCUCCUGACUCAGCUGGAAGUCCAAGUGAAGGGGAUGAAGGAAAACUUUGAUUCCAAAGAGCGCCAACUGCUGGAGGAGAGAGAUAAAGCUGCAGACGCACACAAAGCGGCCCUGCAGAAGCUGCGGCGUGCAGACGACGCCUUCCGCGCUCAGCUGGAGUCCGUCCACGCUGCACAUCGGGCAGAGCUGCUGCAGCUGGCAGACGAAAAGCAGCAGCAGACCGAGCGAGCCAAUCGAAAGGUCCUUGAAGUGGAGGAGGAGAUGCGCCAACUCCUGCAGGAGACGCAAACCAGCAAGAGAGUCAUGGAGGAGAAAGUCAGACGUCUGAGCAGCGUUCUGAAGGACUUUCACUCAUGAAGACACCAGAGACCCUCUGGACGUGAAAAUGCCUUGUAUGUCCUCCUGUCAGUCAUCUUUACUUUACCUUUUGUGACAAAACCAAAACAUGAAGUUAACAAAUCUGUUUACAACAUUAAAAAAAGGAGUUUGAAUAAAUAAA